AUGUCGUCCCGACGGCACGCCAUCUCACCCGUGCGGCGUAAUGGAGAUCAGGCGACGUCUCGAACCGCGGUCGGCUCGAGCGAAUCGACGUCGUGCCCCGUGUGCGGCGUCGACUUGAAUGGUGUCUCGUUCGAUGCGCGCUCGCGCCACGCAGCCACGUGCGCCGAGACGCUCUCACAGCUCGACCACGUCACGCAAGAGGACGGCAACGACGAAUUUGACGAUGAUUUGAUCGCGCUCGUGGACGAGAUUGACCGGAAACGAGAGUUGGAAGCGGCGAAAAAGGCGUCUCGAGCCACAACGUCGGGCUCAGCGUCGGCGAUUCAGGAUGGAGAAACCGUCGAGCGUUGGCUCCAUCGCAUUGGUUACGCGCCGUACUACCAUCCUUUGUACGUCAAGGAAGAAUUGCUCGACGUAGAAAUCGCAAAGGAGUGUUCAGCGAUGGAUUUGAUGUCCGUUGGCGUUGACGCAGAAGAUGCAAGAGCGUUGGCGCACUGCGGCGGCGCGCCGCCGGACACCAUCGCGAACGUCCCACAAACGACAACCGUCCCGCGCACGCGAUCAGCGAUGCAACGUGCACGCGAAAUCGCGGUCGCGAACGACGAUUCGCUGUGGGCUGUCGCUCGUGGCGCCGAAAAUCGCGGCCGCGGCGAGUCGCUCCCUUCCAUCGAACGCUUCACGCGCGCGAAAACGACAGAGCGUUGA